AUGGCCCAGGCUCAGGUUCAGCAGGCUCAGGUUCAGCGCACUGCAAUCGUCACCGGCUCAGUACGGGGCAUUUGGAAAGCAAUUGCCCUCCGGCUCGUGCAAGACGGCUAUUCGGUGUGCAUAAAUGACAUCCCCAGCAGCCAGGAUGCGAUCGACGCGACAGUGAAUGAACUCAGCACUGCCAUCCGUCAGCCAGCGCAGCCAGCGGAUCCAGAGGGAAUCGCACCCUCUCGCGUGAUUGGGGUCGCUGCAGAUGUCACGUCCUCCACCCAAGUCGAGAGGCUCGUAAAGGACGCAGUGGAGAAACUGGGGCCCCUAACGCUCAUGGUAGCCAAUGCCGGGAUCGCGCAGGUGAAGCCGCUGCUGGCCGUGACCGAGGAGGACAUUGACACCGUCCUGUCGGUGAAUGUCAAGGGCGUGUUUAACUGCUACACGCAAGCAGCGCGCCAGAUGAUCGCACAGGGCGACCCGGGUGAAGCAGCUGGGGUGGGCGCGUACAAGAUCCUGGGGGCGGCGUCGAUCGUGUCGCACAAGCCUUUCCCAACGCUGGGCGUUUACUCGGCCAGCAAGUGGGCGGUGCGAGGGCUGACCCAGGCGAUGGCGAUGGAGAUGGCACCGCAUCGAAUCACGGUGAAUGCGUACGCGCCCGGCAUUGUGGACACGGCGAUGUGGGAGCAGAUUGACGACGGGCUGGGGGCGCUGGAGGGCCGUGGAAAAGGGGAGAGCCUCAAGCUGUACUCGGACCGCUUCAUCGCGCUGGGGCGCACGAGCAGGCCAGAGGACGUGGCGGGUCUGGUUGGGUUCCUGGCUGGACCAGACUCGGACUAUGUGACGGGGCAGACGAUGGUGGUAGACGGGGGGGUCAUCUUCACGUAG